AUGGGAAAGAUACGAUCAGAAAGCGUAGACGCAGCUCCAGAGCACCCCCCACCAAAGCCGCAAAACAACUUCACGAAGUGGAUGACACGCAUAGUUGCAUUGCUGCUCCUCGGUGCAACAUUUACCUGGCUUGAUGGUAUCAAGGAUCGGUGGUAUGUCCUAGAGCCCAAGUUCCUCCACGAGCUUGCCCAAGAAGCCAUCUCCAUCUCACCGAAUGACCCCCAAGGCAUGAUCACCCACAUUCUCACCAACCUCACCUCUACAUACCCACAACUCGACUCCCCUGCCAUCUCCCUUAACGUGAACGCCUCUGAGUGGGUAUUCAGCAACGCUGGAGGCGCAAUGGGCGCAAUGUACAUCAUCCACGCGUCCAUUACUGAGUACCUCAUCAUUUUCGGUACCCCUCUAGGCACAGAAGGACACACAGGGUUACAUACGGCAGAUGACUACUUCCAUAUUUUAGUCGGCGAGCAGUGGGCGUUCGGGCCAGGCGCAUUAGAAAUGGAGAGGUACGGCCCUGGGGACGUGCAUUUCCUCCCGAGGGGUACUGCGAAGCAAUAUAAGAUGCAUGAAGGGUGCUUCGCGCUUGAGUAUGCUCGGGGCUGGAUCCCAUUGAUGAUGCCCUUUGGUCUUGCGGACACUUUCACAUCUACCCUAGAUGUUCCGACGUUAUACCACACCGUUCGCAUCACGGGCCGGGAGAUGAUAAAGAACUUGCUUCUUGGCAAGAUAUGA